UUGCAGACCAUCGCCGAUGCUUCACAUCAGCUCCUGAUCCCCCGCCGCCUGUCCGGAUAAUGUGACCGACGUUGGCUGAGCUGAAGAUGGGAUCCAACCACUCUCACAAAACGCCGGUGUACGGCGAGGACGAGGACGUGAACUUUGACCACUUCCAGAUCUUAAGAGCAAUUGGCAAGGGCAGCUUUGGGAAGGUAUGCAUUGUACAGAAGAAAGAUUCAAAGAAGAUGUAUGCUAUGAAAUACAUGAACAAGCAGCAGUGUGUAGAACGUAAUGAAGUGCGGAAUGUCUUCAAAGAGUUGCAAGUCAUGCAGGGUCUGGAGCACCCGUUCCUUGUCAAUUUAUGGUAUUCUUUUCAAGAUGAGGAGGACAUGUUCAUGGUGGUCGACCUUCUUCUCGGUGGAGACCUCAGAUAUCACCUGCAACAGAACGUUCACUUCAAGGAAGAAACUGUGAAACUUUAUAUCUGUGAGCUGGCUCUGGCUCUGGACUAUCUGCAGGACAGGCACAUCAUUCACAGGGACAUUAAGCCUGACAACAUUCUUCUUGAUGAUUAUGGGCAUGUGCACAUCACUGACUUCAACAUUGCGGCAAUGGUGAAGGAGGAGAAAGAAGCCACGUCUAUUGCAGGCACAAAGCCAUACAUGGCUCCUGAAAUAUUUCAUCCAUUUAUAAAUGGGUGCACUGGCUAUCACUUUGCCGUGGACUGGUGGUCGCUUGGAAUCACUGCAUAUGAGCUCCUCAAAGGACAGAGACCAUAUGAAAUCCGCUCCAGCACCUCCGUUAAUGAAGCACUUCACAUGUUCAAAUCUGUCAGAAUAAACUACCCCUCUGCCUGGUCCAGUGGAUUAGUGUCAUUGCUUCAGAAGCUGAUUACGGUCAGCUCGAACCAACGUCUCUCCAGCCUGGCCGAUGUACAGGACUCUCCGUACUUGGCAGAUAUAAACUGGGAUGCUGUUCUAGAGAAGAAACUCACAGCAGGAUUCAUCCCCAAUAGAGGUCAACUAAAUUGUGACCCGACAUUUGAACUUGAAGAAAUGAUUCUCGAGUCGAAACCCCUUCACAAGAAGAAAAAGCGCCUGGCAAAAAGAUUAAAGGAAAAUAGAAAAGACAACUCAUUACUGAACCAACACCUGCAGCAACAUCUGGACACAGUGCAGAAGGAAUUUAUUGUAUUUAACAGAGAGAGGCUCAAGCAAAACCCAGAUCAAUCACAGGCCAAAUGCAUCGACAAAGAAGAGCAUCAGAAAGAACAGGAUGAUGGGAAGAACAACAAUGUGAUAACAUCAACUUGUACUCAGCCAUGUUAGCAUCAGCUCUGGGUGUGCAUCACCUCUGCGAUCCUCCAAAGUAGAUAAGGCAGCACAUCUUUUCAUAGUCUUCAUUAAACAGACAUCGUCACAGCUGGAAUCAUGGCUUGAAUGUACCGUGCAAUGUAGCACAGUGCAAUUGAAGAAAAUGGAUGACAAAAUUAUCCUCUGUGAUCAUUUAACAUGCAACAAUGGGUCAUAGAACCAGAGGGCAUGGAAAUAACACCUUUGGAAACUUGUCCAUGAUGCCCACCUUUGCUGGUCCCAUUUGCCUGUGUUUGACCCAUAUCCCUGUGAACAUUUCCUAUCCAUACUGUCCAAACAUCUUUUAAAUGUUGUUAUUGUACCUCAACCUAUUUCUCUGGUAGCUUGUUCUAUAUAUGUACCAACCUCUGUGUGGAAAAAGCUGCCCCACAAAGCUGUUCCUUUUAAAUCCUUCGCCUCUCACUUUGUGGCCUAUGGUUCUUGAUUCCGAUUCCCUGGGGAAAAAGACUGUGUGCAUUCAUCCUAUCUCUAUGACCCACAUUAUUUUACUCACCUCUACAAGAUCAUCCUUCAAUCUCUUAUGCUUCAAGGAAUGAAGUCCAAGCCUGCCCAAUCUCUCCUUAUAACUCUGCCUCUCGAGUCCUGGCAGCAUCCUCAUAAGUCUUUUCUGCAUCUUGCCCGAAGUACGGUGACCAAAAUCGAAUAUUGUACUCCAAGUGCAACUGUAACAUAAUGUCCCAACUUCUACACUCAAUUCCCUGACUGCUAAAGUGUGUCAAAAGCCUCUUCACCACCCCAUCUACCUGUGACGCAGGGAACUACAAGGGACUAUGUACUUCUACUCAUGAUCCCUCUGCUGUACAACACUGCCUAGGGCCCCACCCUUCAACAUGAAAGUCUUACCCUGGUUUGACUUCCCAAAAUGUA